GGGAGCAGCCCCAGCACCUCUCCCUAUGGGAUCCCUGCAGCAGCCUCACCCUGCCUUAGGUGCAAACCUUGUGGAAGACUUGUGAAGAAGGAGCCAGGCUGGUACUUUAUUGGGCACAGCACUUGUGGCAUGCCCUUUGGAAGUGGCAUAGGAUGGGCUGAUAGGUACCCCCUGCCUGUCAUGAUGCUUGGAUUGAGGAGCCCUAGGUGCCCCCUAGUUGUCUUCUUCCUCCUGUGCCUUAUAGGAUGGGGUCAGUGUUGUCCUGUCCUGAUCCACAGCUGUAAAUGUGUGGUGGAGCGCUCCAAACCUGGGGUGGGCUCCUCCAGUGCCCCAAGGAAGAAGGUCAUCUGUACCAAUGAGGAUCUCCUGGAGGUGCCCGAUCCUGCCCUGCUGCCCAACAAGACUGGCACCCUGAUUCUCAGCAAUAAUAAGAUUACCGUAUUAAGGAAUGGCUCAUUUUAUGGACUUCUGGACCUGGAGAGGCUAGAUUUGAAGAAUAACUUGAUAAGCAAAAUGGAACCUGGAGCUUUUUUGGGACUGCCUGAGUUAAAGCGCCUGGACAUCUCUAACAACAGAAUCGGCUGUGUAUUUCCUGCUGCCUUUGAGGGUCUGACCAGUUUAUCCCGUCUAUUUCUAUCUGGAAAUAUCUUCUCUACUCUGAGCCCUGGGGUGUUUGAUGAGCUCCCUUCCCUGAAACUAGUUGACUUUUCCACUGAUUUCCUGACCUGUGACUGUCACCUACAAUGGAUAGCUACUUGGGCCAAAAAUGGUUCUGCUAAGAUCUCAGACAGAACGUUGUGUUCGUAUCCAAGUGCACUUAGAGAUUGGCCGUUGCGGAACCUGAAGGAAAGUCAGCUAGCUUGUGGGGGUACCCUGGAACUUCACACGCACCAGCUUAUCCCGUCCUUGCGACAAGUUGUGUUUCAAGGUGACCGAAUACCUAUUCAGUGUACAGCAAGCUACUUGGGCAAUAGCAGUCAGAUCAUCUGGUAUCAUAAUGGGAAGCAGGUGGAGGAGGAUGAAGAACAAGGGAUUGUACUGGAGGAGACAGUGGUCCAUGACUGCACCUUUAUUACAAGUGGUUUGAUCCUGUCCAACAUCUUGCUUUCUGCCAACGGUGAGUGGGAGUGCAGCGUAUCCACCGAAUAUGGUAACAUCAGCAAGAAAGUGGAGCUAGUGGUUUUGGAGACUUCUGCAUCAUACUGUCCUGCUGACAGAGUGACCAACAACAGAGGAGAUUUCAGGUGGCCCCGCACAUUGGCUGGGAUAACUUCCUAUCAGCCCUGUCUACAGUAUCCCUUUAUGUCUGUCUCACCAAAUGGACAGGAGAAGAAAGCAUCACGCCGCUGCGAUCGAUCGGGACAGUGGGAGGAAGGAAACUAUUCCAACUGCUUGUACAAGAACGAUAUCACCAGGGUGCUCUACACCUUCGUGUCUAUGCCCAUCAAUGAAUCUAAUGUGCUGACGCUGGCACACCAGCUGCGGAUGUAUACAGCAGAAGCAGCCAACUUCUCCGACAUGAUGGAUGUCAUCUAUGUGGCUCAGAUGAUGGAAAAAUUCAUCGGUUUAGUUGACCAAGUGAAAGAUCUGGCAGAUGUCAUGUUGGAGAUGGCCAGUAACAUGAUGAUGGUUGAUGAUCUUAUCUUGUGGAAUGCUCAGGUGGAAGACAAAGCUUGUAGUAGUAUUGUCCAGACCGUGGAGAAGAUAGCGGGGCUGACGCUGAGCAGUGACUCCCAGGACCUGUCUGUGAGCACAAGGAACAUUGCCUUAGAGGCCUUCCUCAUUAUACCCAACAGUUUUGUUGGUUUAGGCUGCACGGCCUUCCAAAGAAGAGAUGGAGGACGAGGCAACCACAAGGCGGACAGAGACAGGAAAGAACAGGAGAGCAACACACAAACCGAUCAGCGACUGAAGUUUCGCUGUACCACCGGGCAAACCAAUGUUUCCCUGCCCAACUUCCAUGUCAAGAACAGCCUUGCUUUGGCCUCUGUCCACCUACCUCGAAGCCUCUUAGCUUUGUCUUCCUCUCAAACCUGCAAACUGCAAGUCGUGGCCUUCAGGAAUGGAAAGCUUUUUAGGAGUGUAGGAAACUCCUCAAGAUUGGCAGAAGAUGGGAAAAGACGAAGUAUCUCUACACCCGUCAUAUAUGUUGGAACACGAGGUUGUGGUAUUAGUAAUCUCACCGAUCCGGUCACGGUUACUCUUCGGCACCUAGUGAAGGGAUCCGACCCUCUUCCAGCACAGUGGAACUUCAAAGCCUUGGAAGGAUAUGGAGGCUGGAGCUCAGAGGGAUGCCAGCUGCUAUCAGUGGAGCCAAACAUCACCGGCAUGCAAUGCCUACAGCUCAGCAACUUUGCUGUUCUGACGGAACUGAACACGUUUCCACCCCAACAGGCACAUAGCCCUGACAUCCUACAUCCGGUCAUCUACUGUACAGCUAUACUUCUACUCUGCUUGUUCACCACCAUUAUUACCUACAUUGUAAAUCACAGCUCCAUCCAGAUCUCCCGGAAAGGCUGGCACAUGCUGCUUAAUCUCUGCUUCCACAUUGCAAUGACAUCAGCCGUGUUUGCUGGAGGAAUCACUCUUACUGGAUACCUUAUUGUGUGCCAAGCUGUCAGCAUCAUUCUGCAUUAUUCCUCCUUGUCUACUCUUCUUUGGAUGGGUCUUAAAGCCAGGGUUAUCUACAAGGAACUGACCCAUAAACCACAGCCGCAGCAGGAAGGAGAAGUGACACAGCCCCCUCACAGACCGAUGCUCAGGUUCUAUUUGAUUGCUGGAGGGAUUCCUCUGAUCAUAUGUGGGAUCACCGCUGCUGUGAACAUCAACAAUUACAGAGACAACAGUCCUUACUGCUGUCUGGUAUGGAGGCCGAGUCUGGGAGCUUUCUAUGUACCAGCGGGUCUCAUCCUGCUUGUCACCUGGAUAUAUCUUCUUUGUGCUGGAAUAAAUUUAAAGCGACAACUUCCUGCUGACCAAAAGGAUCCUGCCGAGCCCAAUGAUGUACAACAAGCCCACGGAGCAAUAAGUCAUCUUCUGAGUGAUUCCACUUCAAUAUCCGUGACCCUUAACUCAGCAACUCCGACAGACGUAGACACAGUGUAUUCCUUGAAAGUACAGUUCUGGUCUCUGGUGAUUGUCCAUAUAUUGUAUAUUGUCCUCUGGAUUUUCGGAGCCUUUGCUGUAUCACAAGGAUGGUAUCUAAAUGUUAUCUUCAGUUGUCUCUAUGGGGUAACAGCAGUGGCCUUAGGGCUGUUCAUUUUCAUUCACCACUGUGUGCGACGUCAAGAUGUCCAGCGUUCUUGGUUUUCUUGUUGCCCAUCAUACACAGACUCCUUGCCAAUUCAAGCAUAUGUGCACACCAGCUCUCCUGUAGAUGAUUCGCCUCCAGUGUAUACUGGCUGCAACCCUGAAGUAGAACACUCGGUUAAGUCUACAUCAUCCCCAAGCAACAGCAUUAACUCUAAUACUGGACCCUGCAAAAUAACAAAUCUACAAGUGGCUCAAAACCAGGCAGAAAUCUGCCCACCUAAGCCACCUAGUUGUGAAGACAGCGAGCCAACCAACAAUAAAUUUGUGACUGCUCCAAGCCGGUAUAUGAACAAUUUGCAUGGUCGUAGAAACCAUAAAAGCAGAACUAAGCAGUAUCGGGAAGGGAAGCACCAUAGGUUAAAGGUGCUACGUGGGCCCUCAUCUGACCUGCCUUCCAGUGAAAGUGGCAGUGUCCACAACAGCCACUCGGAAAGCUAUCAUAGCAAAAACAGCCCUUUGAACAAUGGCAGGAGGGUGGUAGCUAGGGACCCAGAGGGUGCACUUACCCACUCUGAAGGAAGUGACAGCAGUGGGCACCAGGCACAGGACUUUGCUAGAGCGCAGAGAAAAAGUGCCAGUCGGGACAAUCUAAAACAAGCAAACAGCAUGGAAAGGGAGACCAAGCGUCGGUCCUACCCUCUUAACACAGGAAACCAGAAUGGGGUCCUAAAGGGUAGCAAGUAUGACAUCAACCUUUCUCCUGCAGAGAGUACUACAGUCAUAAAGACAGGCCUCUGGAAGAGUGAAACUACUGUGUAGUUUGUGAAUAAGCAUGUGCCAUACAUGUCAUAGAUCGAAAUGGCCCAGCUGACAACACACUAGAAAAAGGGGCUCUCCGUAGGCAUGUGUUGUGAUCACAGAUUGGUUGGUGCAAUCACUUAAUGGACUUGACCCAUAUGAACGCCAAGAAUAUAUGUGCCAAAGCAUGUGUAUGUGUAAAGUCAGAGAUCACAAUGGCUUAUGGUAACGUACACUCAUCUGUUUGAAACCUGAGGAUUUUGUAUAUGUGUUGUACAGAGGAUUUGUGUUAUCUAAGAGUGAAAGCCAUAAUUGUUCAAGGAAAGUUGAAGUAUCGAGGAACUAACUGGAUUCAUUCAGUUUUCAUACCUUGGAAAAUACUUACAGAAUUCCUGUAGGGAUCUCAGUGACCUAAGGAUUACUGAAGGUCAGCACUCAGUAGAAGUCAAGUCAGUAGGCCAGCUUGAUCAAGUUACUGGUCUUUGUCAGAUUUGACAGCCAAGUGCCUUAUAAGCGUCUUGUGUGUUUCUCAUUUAGCACUUUCUGAGGAAUCUCUACUCCAAGGCAUCCAUUGGAUGGUGCACUUAAUACAGAUCACCCUUUAAGCAUCUUUUUGCACCUUCAUAUAGAUUUCCCAUCUCGAUGGGCCAGUUUCUAUCCUGAUGUACAAGAGGUUUUCUAUAUUAGCUACAUGCCCUGAUGUAGCAUCCUGAAGGAAAUUAAGAGUAUGUAUGUGACAUCUCCAGAUUUAUUCCAAUGAAAUGUAUCUUCACAGUUUAUACCUUGGUACAAUCUAUCACAGUGACCAAAAAUUACUGUUUUUGACCAUAGUUGUGCUUCAAAAGCAUUUGAGUUGUUUUUUUUUACAUGAUUGUGUUCUACAAAAUUAAGGGCAAUCCUGACAGAUCUUCACAAGAAUCACUUCUGCAUGUUAUUUGUGUAAAGGGUUAUUUCUAAAUGUGUUAUAUCAGAGGGAAAUGUUUAUUUUUCAGAUAUAGAAUUAUAUUGUAUAUUGUAUAGACAGAUCAGGAUCACUUUUUUUUUUUUAAGACCUGUGUUAUUUUCCAUAUCAGUAUUAAACUUGUGUCUAUCUAUGAAAAUGCAAACUUUAAUCAUUUAAAAAAAUUGUAUGUAUAAGCAAUGUUAUCUAAAAGAUUCCGGAUGUCACCAAGAAAUGUGUUGGGUUUGGAGAGAAUUCCCAAGAAUGGUCUAGAACAAUUUGGACAGUAGACAUUGCAGUGAUUUUAUCAUGAAGCGCUUUUACAGUAAUAAGUUAAAGCAUCACUACCAUUUAAGCAACUUUUAACAUGUUGCCCAGACGCGCUACGAUCGCUUGUUAUAAGCUGGUGAAGUGAUUUUCAGCGCGCUCCAGUCCCCAGUCUGCAGAUCUGACCUUUUCACUGCAUAAACUUAUUCAGAGAAAAGGUCGGAUUUGAUUGACAGCUGGUCUGUAACUCAUGUUCCUAGUCGGCCUCAGGAGUGAGACCUGGGGCAAUCUCAACUUUUGACAUGUUUGGGCAACAUUUCAAAUGUUGUUAUAAAUGACACUAAUGCUUAAAGGGGAGCUCUAAGUUCUUCAGACAUAACUGUUUUACAAAAUGCUUGUAUUCCCAAUAAAAUAACAAUUCUGGAACAUCUGUUAGAACUCUGCAUUGGGCCAUUCCUUCCAAUUCUUCCUCCUGGAAAUAGAUCAGGAAAUUAAUAACUGGGUGCUGUCCUUUCCUUUAGGUCAAAGUCGGAUACUGUCAGCACUGAUCAGAGUAUGUAGCGACACACUACCUUAAAAAAAAUUAAGGUAAUACCCAGUUCUUAUUUCAUGUGGAAUGCAAAUAUUUACCAUAAAAGACAUGUCAGGAGUGGUGAAAGAUCCUCUUUAACUACGUACCAAAGAUGUCUCCAUCAGCAACAAAAAACGACAUUUGUCUUGCAGAGAGUACCUAAAUAUUUAAAAUCUCGAUGGGAAAAAGAAACAUUUAAAGGGGUAUUCCGGGCAAAAACAUCUUAUCCCCUAUCGAAAGGAUAGGGGAGAAGAUGUCUGAUCGCGGGGGGCCCACCGCUGGGAACCCCCCCCGUUAUCUCCCUGCAGCAACCCACAUUCUAUGCGUAGCUGCAUCUGCAGUUUCGGAAACUGCCGGGCUUCCGAGACGGGGACGUGACGUCACGCCACGCCCCCUCCAUACAUGUCUAUGGGAGGGGGCAUUGCGGACGU